CCAGUGUCCUAAUAUCGUUCGUUACGAUCGCAACUUACAGUUUCGCAGCGCAUACGAACGCAUUGAUACCGACACGAGCGGUUAACGAAUUCGAUUAUUUGUUUCCUAGAAUUUGACAAUUCAACUUUAGCGACAGAGAAAUGGCAUUCGUUCAAUUUUACAAUGGAAAUAAGACGCCCAGCCUUGGCCUGGGCACGUGGAAAUCAAAAUCAGGGGAAGUGGAGCAAGCGGUAAAAGAGGCGAUUGAUAUCGGCUACAGGCACAUCGAUUGUGCCCCGGUUUACGGCAACGAGAAGGAAAUCGGUGCAGCCCUGUCAGCUAAAAUAAAAGCCGGUGCGAUUAAACGUUCGGAUAUCUUCAUCACGAGCAAACUUUGGAAUACGAAGCAUCGACCGGAGGUCGUUGAGCCUGCUUUGAAAAACACCCUUAAGGAUCUUUGCUUGGAAUAUCUUGAUCUUUACCUCAUACAUUGGCCGUUCGCAUUCAAAGGUUGGUUGCUCGAAGCUCCGGAAUUGCAAGAGCUGCCAAAGGGAGAAGAAUUAUUCCCGGCUACCGAAAGCGGUGAAAUCGAAACGAGCGACAUUGACUAUGUCGACACUUGGAAAGCGAUGGAGUCUCUCGUCGACAAGGGCUUGGUCAAAAACAUUGGCAUCAGUAAUUUUAAUUCGAAACAGAUCGAUCGACUUCUCGCUAAUUGCAGAAUCAAACCGGUUACCAAUCAAGUGGAAUGCCAUCCCUAUUUGGCCCAAGUGAAAUUAUCAGAGUUCUGUGCAUCAAGAGAAAUAAAGAUAACGGCUUACAGUCCUCUCGGUUCGCCGGACAGACCCUGGGCCAAACCGGAAGAUGCUUUGCUACUCGAAGAUCGUAAAAUUAAAUCGAUCGCAUCGAAGUACAAAAAAACACCUGCCCAGGUCAUCCUACGUUAUCAGCUCGAACGAGGCCACAUCGUGAUACCGAAAUCUGUCUCAAAAAAUCGAAUUCAAGAGAACUUCGACAUAUUAGAUUUCAAACUUUCACCUGAGGAUGUACAACAAAUUCAUACCUUUGACUGCAGAGGUAGAAUUUGCAGCAUGUCCAGGUACCAAAACUGUGUGAAACACAAGUACUAUCCAUUCGGAGAAGACUUCGAGUUCUGAAAAGUUCUAAAACUCAGCGAUACAGACAUCGAAGAAAAGUAUUAUGCUUGUUUUCCUUAUUAAUAAAAUAAAUAAAUGUGAUUUGGUGAUGUGGAAA